GGCAGCGAGGGGGGCGAAGAUGGCGGACGUGCUCAGCGUCCUGCGACAGUACAACAUUCAGAAGAAGGAGAUUGUGGUGAAAGGGGACGAAGUGAUUUUCGGCGAGUUCUCCUGGCCCAAGAAUGUGAAGACCAACUACGUGGUUUGGGGGACUGGGAAGGAAGGCCAACCCAGAGAAUACUACACAUUGGAUUCUAUCUUAUUUCUACUUAAUAAUGUGCACCUAUCUCAUCCUGUUUAUGUCCGACGUGCAGCUACUGAAAAUAUUCCAGUGGUUAGAAGACCUGACCGAAAAGAUCUACUUGGAUAUCUCAAUGGUGAAGCAUCAACAUCGGCCAGUAUAGACAGAAGUGCCCCUCUAGAAAUAGGUCUGCAGAGAUCUACUCAAGUCAAACGAGCUGCAGAUGAAGUUUUGGCAGAAGCAAAAAAACCGCGUAUUGAGGAUGAAGAGUGUGUACGCCUUGAUAAAGAGAGAUUGGCUGCUCGUUUGGAGGGUCACAAAGAAGGGAUUGUACAGACUGAACAGAUCAGGUCUUUGUCCGAAGCUAUGUCAGUGGAAAAAAUUGCUGCAAUCAAAGCCAAAAUUAUGGCUAAGAAACGAUCUACCAUCAAGACUGACUUAGAUGAUGAUAUAACUGCCCUAAAACAGAGGAGUUUUGUGGAUGCUGAAGUAGAUGUGACCCGAGAUAUUGUCAGCAGAGAAAGGGUGUGGAGGACGCGAACAACUAUCUUACAGAGCACAGGAAAGAAUUUUUCCAAGAAUAUUUUUGCAAUUCUUCAAUCAGUAAAAGCCAGAGAAGAAGGGCGUGCCCCUGAACAGCGACCGGCCCCAAAUGCAGCACCUGUGGAUCCCACAUUGCGUACCAAGCAGCCUAUUCCAGCUGCCUACAACAGGUACGACCAGGAAAGAUUCAAAGGAAAAGAAGAAACGGAAGGCUUCAAAAUUGACACUAUGGGCACCUAUCAUGGUAUGACGCUGAAGUCUGUAACGGAGGGUGCCUCGGCCCGUAAGACGCAGACUCCUGCAGCACAGCCGGUACCAAGACCAGUUUCUCAAGCCAGACCUCCCCCAAAUCAGAAGAAAGGAUCUCGAACACCCAUUAUCAUAAUUCCUGCAGCUACCACCUCUCUAAUAACCAUGCUUAAUGCAAAGGACCUUCUACAGGACCUGAAGUUUGUCCCAUCAGAUGAAAAGAAGAAACAAGGCUGCCAACGAGAAAAUGAAACUCUAAUACAGAGAAGAAAAGACCAGAUGCAACCAGGAGGCACUGCAAUUAGUGUCACAGUUCCUUACAGAGUAGUAGACCAGCCCCUUAAACUAAUGCCUCAAGACUGGGACCGGGUUGUAGCAGUUUUUGUACAAGGUCCUGCAUGGCAGUUCAAAGGUUGGCCGUGGCUUUUGCCUGAUGGAUCACCAGUCGACAUAUUUGCUAAAAUUAAAGCCUUCCAUCUCAAAUAUGAUGAAGUUCGUCUGGAUCCAAACGUUCAGAAAUGGGAUGUAACAGUAUUAGAACUCAGCUAUCACAAACGUCAUCUGGAUAGACCAGUUUUCUUACGAUUCUGGGAAACCCUGGAUAGGUACAUGGUAAAGCACAAAUCCCACUUGAGAUUCUGAAUUACUUGUUUUCCCACUUUUCUGGAAAUCUGGAUUAAGAAGCAUGGAUACACCGUGAUCUAGAGACUGGGACUCAAGCUUUAUGAAUUUAUCAGUGAAGAAGGUCACAGAUCGAGCUUUUAUAAAACCUUAUUUGAUGAUUUAUGCUUCGAAGGGUUGAUGCCUGUCAUAUAAGCAAACUUUUUGGCUUACAACUAUUUUUUUAAUAUUAGCCUUCUAGUCUGUAAUGGAAAUUGUAUAUUUUGAUAGAAUUUUUUUCUCCAUUGGUUAAAGUAGCAUUACUUAAAGUUUGUUUCUUUAGAAAAUAAAUACAGGUUACAAAAGUGUGUAUAUGUAGAGGUUAUAAGGCUCUCUAAGCCAUCUUCUGAUUUUUCAUUGCUCUAUAAUUCCUUUUAUUGAGAAUACUGUGUUAUGAAUGGUAUUAAUUUUAGUCUCUGGAACUUCCAAAACCAAGCAAAGGGAUGUGACUAUUUUGAAUGAAUCAAAAUGUCAGCCUGUAUGUGUACUAUAUCUGUACUUUCUCUUUAUUUAAAAAGGAAUAAUGAAAAAUCAAGAACAAUUCAUCACCUUUGGUUGAACUGUUCGGCUUUUCAAGACUUCUUUACUUACAAUGAAUACAUUUAAUGAAUGUACAUUCUUCUCACUGACUUUGGUAA